AUGUUACGUUACUAUAUCCAACAAAUAAGGCUAGCACUAGCCGAUGUGUUGUCUGUUGAGUGCGGUUAUCGUUUGAAUUCAUUCUACUCUGACGAAGACAAUAACACCGAAAUGUCAGCUGUUAAUGAAGAUCAUUACCAAUCUUGGCUACAUCUCAAGCAAAUCAAUAUAAAAGCUACAAAUUCAACAUAUCAUGAUUCAAGGACGGUCGAACAUAGCAAAGAUGUACUGGCAAACUGCUCUCGACUGGUGAAGGAAGUUCUUUCUUUGAGACAAAAGAUCGUCUCAGAAAGACAGACCAUCCACUUCCUUCGCCGUUGUCAACAACAUCAGGUCACUCCUGAUCUCAUAGCCAACAAACGACUUCACGAGAUAAGCGGUGUCUCCAAAGAAAGUCGGCAGAUGCACAAUAUCGAAGAACAGCUACGCAUGGCAUUGAAGAGAAGACGGGAUCCUAUGUUCUCGCUGUUCAGAAAGUGUAAUAUUGCCGAAAAGUUUGCUGUUAAUGAAGAUCAUUAUCAAUCUCGGCUAAAGCUCAAACAAAUCGACCAAAAACCUACGUGCUCAGCAUGCCAAGUUUCAAGGACAGUCGCACAUAAGCACCAUUGUCAUCAUUCUGAGGCUCUGAAGAAGGCGGAACAUCAGCCAGUCCAACCAAUUGACAACCUUUUGUAG